GCAGAGUUCUGGUCAGUUUAGUCCAGGACAGCUUCUCUCUGCCAUGAAGUUCCAAGGUGCCACCCGGAGCCACCCCGAUGAACUUCUCCCCGAACAGACGACGGAGAUAAAGAUGCUAAUGGUUCUCCUAUAAUGCUUUACAAGUCCAAAAAGCCCCGAAAGGCCCGCACAGCAUUUACCGAGCACCAACUGCGGUGUUUAGAGAAGAGCUUCGACCGCCAGAAAUACCUCAGUGUCCAGGACAGGAUGGAGCUGGCCACGAAACUCGGACUGACGGACACGCAGGUCAAAACAUGGUACCAGAACAGAAGAACAAAAUGGAAGCGACAGACAGCUGUUGGAAUAGAACUACUAGCAGAGGCCACCAACUAUGCUGCAGUUCAACGCAUCAUACAGACCAACCCCUACUGGUCUCAGCUCUACCCCCAGGCUGCCAGCGUGGUGUCUAGUCUCGAGUCUGCCUACCUCCGACACAACAUGGGGGUACUUGGCACGCCACGUCCACCUCUCGGCGGGCUGUAUCUACCAGCUGUAGGACAUCCGCUAGGACAUCUACCAUCUUCUACCACACUGGAUAAACCAAACUAG